AUGCACUACGACAUGGAGUUUGAUGCAGAAGGCCAGGAUAUAGACGUUCCGCAGUUUCACCCACACGUUCUCGCGGCUCCCUGUCUCCUCCUUCCCUACCUCCCACACAUUCAGUCCUGGGGUCUCGAUCUUCCCUUUACCAAAGCCGACUUCGACAAUGUUUUUCUUGCUUCCCUCCAGUCCUACGUCUCAGUGAAGAAGCUCGUACUACACGGGCUCAGGUUCCUUUCUACUCCAUUCCUAUGCCAGCUCUCAAAUGCAUUUCCCUCUCUUGUUGAGCUUGUCUGGGAAGAUUUCCAUGGCUCGAACCCCGAUCCGGACCCCUUCGAUAACAAUCCUCCGCGAAUAAGCAAGCUGGAAAGACUGCGAGUCGGAGGGUCCUUGAUCAGCAAGACUGGGUCUCUACUUCGUUAUCACUCUACGACGCUUGUGGACCUAACUGUUGGAAGCGGCACGUGGCCUUACCAUCACUUCGAUUGGGCUCAGAUGAGCGCUCUACGAAAGAUCAGCUUCAUCGUCGACGUGUUUCCAUUGGCUAGCGACAUCUGCUUUUAUCCGCUCAAUAGGAUGUUACGACAGGGAACGCCUCCAUCACUGCGCACCUUGAAUAUCCUAUGCUUGAGGAACUACUACACUCAAGUGGCUGCAGAUCACGUCGAUGAGCAAAGAUGGCCACACCUUGCGGGGUUCAUUGGGCUCGUACAGAAGCACAAGACGCUGGGGACCUUGGGGAUCACAUGCACGGUCGAAGAUGCGAAGCAAAACCACAUCGCGGGAUGGACAACGUGUCUUGGGCGCACUUUCGUCCGCCUACGCGAGCUCGGUCUGCUCCGCAUCGUCUUUGUGAGCACAUCCCCACGCACGGAAACUUGGUACGGCCACAGUCUCUUCACACGGAAAUUGGCGGUAGCUCGAGACGGAAAUCUCGCGAACAUGAUCAUCUGGGACGUGGCAUCCGCCAAACCCCUGAUCGAACGCUGGUACACCCCAUCCGUUGAUCGACAAAAUCUCUUCAAGGCUUGCUUCUCAUCGUCGAGUCGUCGCCUUGCAUACGUCACCGACAGUGGGGUGGAUAUUUUCUCGAUAGAAGUCACGGAGGGUGGAUAUCGACGUGCAGUAGCCGUUGGUUCUAUAGACCUCGAAAUGCCUUCCGGACACACGGCCAUCGAUGCGGCAUGCGCUUGGCUUCCGGACGACUCACAGCUCAUCGUCGCCUCCAAUUCCAUCAAGGUCUGGGACACCCGUACAUUGACAUGCACUCGGGUUAUAUCCCCGGAUACGGCUGCCGUUAUUUCCCCCUCGAAGUUCACCCAGGAUCGCUUCUCGGCCGGUAUAUCGAUCUCCAAUGACGGGAAAUACCUUUUGUAUCAAGUUCACCGCAUCGAUUACGACUUGAAUGCCCGGACGAGAUAUGCAGAGACCGUGUCGACGGUCGACCUCGUCACAGGGUCCUUCGCUCGUCUCUUCACCGAUAUUCCCGCGGCACCCCCUCCGUCCGGCGCCCAGACUCUUUCCACCAACCACCCGGCCGUCCCCAGGACGCCCGCGACGUUCGCCGGCCCCGAGGUGCUCAUGAGCCCCGGCAUCGGCCGCCCGGUCCGACGCCUGCUCUCGCGCGACGGCGCGCGGCUGCUCGAGAUCGACGUCGCGUCCUCGCACGCGCGCCUCGCCGUGCGCGACCUCCGCGCGGGGGGCGCCGUCGUGGCCGCUGUGGAGCUGGGCCGGGAGGCGGCGGGGACGGUGGUGGAGGCGUCGCCGGACCUGCGCGCCGUCGCCGUCGCGCAGCCAGAGGCGGGCGGGUGGGGGCGGAUGGCGGUGUGGUGCGUGGACGAGGGUGGGGGUGCGAUGCACUGGGUGCGCGGGCGCGACGGGAGGCGCGCGUGGGGGAGCGCGGCGUUCUCGGAGGACGGGGAGGUGGUCGCGUUUGGGUGGGGGGACGGGACGGUGUCGGUCCAUCGCGUGCGGGCGCUCGUGACCGGUGCGGGGAAUAUUGUGGUGGAUGACCCGACCCGUCAGGCCACAGUAUACGUGGAUGCAGCAGAGCCGACACAAUUAGAGGACGCUUGGUUUAACAAAGAUGGGCCCCUCGCGCCCGUAAAUCAAGCAUACAGCCUGUUCGAGCAGAGCUACGCGUGCGGGUCCGUUCGCCUGCAGACGCGCCUCGGCAACCGCGUACAUACCCGACAAGAGACGCUGCAGGCGAAACGCGCCCCUGUUGCACGGCUAGCCGAGGGGCACAUCGUUAUGAAAACAGCGCAGUGGGACUGCACCUACGCCCGAUCAUGGAGUGCGAAUACUGGGUAUCUAAGCGCCCACCUUCGCAGGGUCUGCGUUCCAGUCAGGCUUUUUGCUCGCCGUCAACGCGCCUGCUCUUGCAUCCGCAUCACAUGCGACGCACUAGAGACUAGCGUAUCGGAAGUUCGGAACAACGGUAGGGAGGCCCCGCGAAUCGGGAAGGGCGAAGGAGAGCCCGGCCAUCAUACGCCCGUGACGGCCGCGGUGUGGUCUGCGUUCCGGCCGCAGAAGAAGAAGCUGGCGUGGCGCCAUCACGAAGCUUGGGACGAACAAAAGGCGCAGAAGAGGAUCUGUUGCGGAAUGGGCGGGACUGGAGUCGGGGUCCUGGUGGGAUGCGUUAGGACGCCGGUGUCCGGGCUCGAUGCUCUAGGAUGCUCUGGGCCGCGGAGACCAAUCGAUCAAGAGCGCGCUCCGAAUGUCCAGGGCAUUUGGUUGGACGGCACCCAGGCCCGGGAAGGGUGGUCGGCCGCCGUUGUACGUCCUGCGGUCCUGAUGGGAGAGCGAAUUGGGAGGGACGAUGAGUCGCUUUUCCCGGUUUGUGUGAGGCUGUGGAUCUGUUACGAGAGCUUGGUCGGCUUUACAGUUCGGCGAUCCACAGGCGCGAGGGUCCAGUCAGGAAACGAAGCAAAUGCCGGCUGA